AUGGGGGAAGCAGCUGUGGCCGCGGAGCCUUGUCCCCUACGCGAGGACAGCUUCACGCGCUUCUCGUCGCAGAGCAAUGUGUACGGGCUGGCAGGCGGCGCGGGCGGGCGCGGGGAACUACUAGCUGCCACCCUUAAAGGCAAAGUGCUCGGCUUCCGCUACCAAGACCUCCGACAGAAAAUCAGGCCCGUGGCUAAGGAGCUGCAGUUCAACUAUAUUCCCGAGAGCUGUCUGAACCUGGAACUCCAGUUCACCCCAUUCCAGCUGUGCCACGCUGAGGUCCAGCUUGGGGACCAGCUGGAGACUGUGUUUCUCUUGAGUGGGAACAACCCGGCCAUUCAUCUGUAUAAGGAGAACGAGGGACUUCAUCAGUUUGAGGAACAACCAGUGGAAAACCUCUUCCCAGAGCUCACAGAUCUGACCAGUAGCGUCUUAUGGCUUGACGUCCAUAACCUGCCGGGCACAUCUCGACGGCUCACAGCUCUCGGCUGUCAGAGUGGUUAUGUCCGCGUUGCUCAUGUGGACCAGCAGAGUAGAGAGGUUUUACAGACAUGGACCAUCCUGCAGGACGGCCCCAUCUCCCGUGUGAUUGUGUUCAACCUCUCAGCCCCAGAGGAAACUUACUCUCGCCUAGAAAACAAGGAGAGUGUGCACAUUGCAUUUUUCCCUGAUUUGUCUGAGACCUUCAGGGACCUGCUGCAUCGGGGUCUCAAGGACCAGCUUCUCCUCCCCGGAAGUGACCAGUUUGACAGCGUCCUCUGUGGCCUGGUAACUGACGUGGAUUUGGAUGGGCGACUGGAAGUCCUGGUGGCUACCUAUGGACAGGAACUGCUCUGUUACAAGUACUGGGGCCCAGAGUCCAGGCUCCCCGAGGCUGAGUGUGGAUUCCGCCUGUUGUGGCAGCGGAGUUUCUCCAGCCCGCUGCUGGCCAUGGCCCACGUGGAUCUGACCGGGGAUGGGCUUCGGGAGCUCGCCGUGGUCUCCCUGAAGGGCGUGCACAUCUUGCAGCACAGCCUAAUCCAGGCCUCCGAGCUGGCGCUGACCCGCCUUCGGCACCAAGUGGAACAGAGGAGACGGCAGCAGCAGCAACAGGGGCUGGGGGGCAGGGCGGGUCCAGGAGCCACUGAGACCCCGCCCUCCUGA